UUGCCAAAUCGUCAACAUCACAGAAAUUGUGUUGUGAAGUAAAAAAUCAAGAUUUUUAUAAGUUUAAGACAAAGAAACCGCAUAUUAAACUUUAAGUAAUAAAAGAUAAAAACAUGGACGAGAGCAACAUUCCCAUCGAUAUUAACAUAGGAAAGCUUCAAGACUGGCUUGUGAGCAGACGGCAUGUAAAUAAAGAAUGGCAGAAGAAUAUUUUAGCUGUGAGAGAGAAGAUAAACAAUGCUAUACAGGAUAUGCCAGCCCAUGACGACAUAGCCACACUUCUCUCUGGCAGUUACAUUAAUUAUUUCCACUGUAUAAAAAUCAUAGAAAUUUUAAAGGAGACCGAAGCAGACACUAAGAACCUCUUUGGGAGGUAUGGGUCUCAGAGAAUGAAGGACUGGCAGGAUGUAGUAAGGACUUAUGAGAAAGAAAACUUGUACUUAGCUGAGGCAGCUCAGAUGUUGGUCAGGAAUAUCAACUAUGAAAUCCCAAGCUUGAAAAAACAAAUAGUGAAAGAGGAGCAAAUGCAACAGGAAUAUGAUAAGAAGCAGUCCGACUAUCAAAAAAAUGAAGUGUCAAGUAAGUUGGAGUUCCUCAACCAGUGCAAGCAAUUGGGCAUCCAAGGGGACAAGAUAAAAAGGGAACUGGUGGACAGACUGCAGGAACUACCAGAGAUUUAUGAGAAGAUUGGCAAAUCCCUGAAACCUCUCUUGCCAGGGAUACAGCUGUAUUCAGCAUUCACUAAGUACAUACUUGGGGACAAAGCUUCGGAAGUGUUACCAUUGUUGCAGUACGUAGUUGAGAACGGUAACACUACUGUGUAUGAGUGGAGUUACGGUGAACCACCUUUGAGUGUAGAACCGGAUCCAAUUCAUAUUGAAUUUGACGAUGAAGAUCAAGCUGCUGGUGAUCAGAUUGACUUCGGUGACGACAACGCCAUAGACUUUGGUGCCAUAGAUACGUCAGCGCAAAUUGACUUCGGGGAAGGCGAUGCAGCAGCCGAAAUUGACUGGGGCAACAUUGACAAUGUUGCUGUUGUUGAUUCUGAUGUAUCAGUGAACAUAUCGGACAUAUCUCUGGACGAGUCUGGAAUAGUAGUGGAGGGGCAGGGCGUGGGCGGAGGCGCGGCGCGGGGGCGGGACGCUCUGACUCUACUGGACAACCCGUCGACUAGGAACCAGUUCAUCGACCAGCUGGUUGAGCUGGAGUCAUUCCUCAAGAUGCGUCUCUACGAGACCAACACCUCAGAGAGCCAAGGCUUAUCGCUGAUGCAGCAGUUACCAUCGGAGAGCUCAGCAGCGCUGGCAGCCAUGUUGGACGCCGUGCAAGUGGCCGCCGCGCGCCUUACAGCGCCAGAAAUGAACCAUCUACACAACGUGAAGCACUCGCCCAGAUACGUGGACGUGCUAACAGCCCAGCUGAAGCAGAAGCUGUCUCUCUGCGACAAGCUGUCCAAGCUGUCAGCACGAGCCGGCGAGCAGGGCGCCGCCGCCGCCGCCCGCGCCGCCGCCUUGCGCCCGCUGCUAACCCGCAUUAUAGAGCGGACCAAGGAGCUGCAGGCUAAUAUCGAACGCGACAUUUCGAAGAAGUACAAAGGGAGACCUGUGAACAUCAUUGGUGGUGUGAAGUUCUUAUAAGGUGAAAUGUAGGUUCACAAAGUUAUAUAUUUUGUAAUGUUAUGUAUAUCAUAAUUAUAUUUUAUGUUUUAUA